AGGAGAAGCUAAAAGGGAGGGCAGAGAUAAGAAGAGGAAGAAAAGGGUGAAAGAGGGAGGGCAGAGAUGAGAUGGGAGGUUUGUUGCAAAACAGCUCUCUGGAAGUGAUGACACCAACAGAAAAGCCUUCCAAUAACUUCCUAUGAGACCAACAGCAGCACCAGACACAGUGGGGGAGGUAUACACAUGAGGCUGCUGUGCACUGGAGAUAUAAGCCAUAGGAGGCUCAGCUAGAAAGAAGAUCCACAGCACAAAAGUUACACACAGGAGGAAGCGCAACACCCAGGCUGUAUUGCACAACAGUUGUACAAAGGAGGUGCCUGAGAGCUCAGAGGACACAUGAGGAGCUCUGCUGGAGAUAGCAAACAGGUCACAAGCUGCACAAAAAGCCAUAGAAUAAAGAGGGUAUGCAUAGGAGAUGAUAUACAAGAGUAAAGCACAAGCUGCAUGGGGCAGAAAGAAUACAGGAAGAGGAAGAAAACAAGACGUCAGUCUAUAUAUAGAGGACACGCAGCUUCUAUCUACACAAAAGGAAGAAGCUGAAGUCUGAAGGAGCUGCACUACAUACAGGGUCACUGAGAAGCACUUCUGGAAGGGCAUCGUCCCUCUGUAACUUCACCUCCUCCAGAGGUUCGCCUCUCCCACCUGGACGCCAAAUGAAUAUGAUGCGAGGACCAAACCCAGGAAUGUACAGGAGUCCGCCAGGACCUUACCAGCGCCCUGGUAUGAUGCCUGGUGCCCGAAUACCACUACCGGGCAUGCCAGUUGGAUCUCCUAUGCUCCCCACAUAUGGACCAGGGUCCCCUAUGCGACCUGGUAUGAACUCUAUGUUGAUGGACUCAUUUAGAAAAAGGCUUAUGACUCCACAAGGACAUCCUUCUGUACCGAACCAGAGAAGGGGAAUGAAGAGAAGGAAAAUGGCUGAUAAGGUUUUACCACAGAGGAUCCGCGAGCUAGUCCCAGAGUCACAGGCAUACAUGGACCUCUUGGCUUUUGAGCGGAAAUUGGAUCAGACAAUUGCCAGGAAGAGGAUGGAGAUCCAAGACGCCAUCAAGAAACCUCUAACUCAAAAGCGUAAACUAAGGAUAUAUAUUUCCAAUACUUUCACUCCGGCCAAACCGGACGGAGAGGAAGGAGAGAAAGUGAGCUCCUGGGAGCUGCGUGUUGAAGGGAAAUUGCUGGAAGAUCCCAGCAAACAGAAAAGGAAGUUCUCUUCAUUCUUUAAAAGUCUCGUCAUUGAGCUGGACAAAGACCUUUAUGGACCAGAUAAUCAUUUGGUGGAGUGGCACAGAAUGGCCACCACACAAGAGACCGAUGGGUUUCAGGUGAAGCGCCCAGGAGAUGUGAAUGUCAAGUGUACGUUACUCCUUAUGCUGGAUCAUCAGCCUCCCCAGUAUAAGUUGGACACCCGCCUGGCUCGCCUGCUGGGUGUUCACACUCAGACCCGUGCCAAUAUCAUGCAGGCUCUUUGGCUGUACAUUAAGAACAACAAGCUGCAAGACAGCCAUGAGAAGGAAUACAUCAACUGCAACCGCUACUUCAGGCAGAUCUUUAACUGUAUCCGAAUGAGAUUCUCAGACAUUCCCAUGAAGCUGGCAAGUCUCUUGCAGCACCCAGACCCCAUAAUAAUUAACCACACCAUUAGUGUGGAUCCAAAUGACCAGAAGAAGACAGCCUGUUAUGACAUUGAGGUGGAAGUGGAUGACCCCCUAAAGUCCCAAAUGAGUAACUUUCUUGCUUCCACUACAAACCAACAGGAGAUUGCCAGCCUGGAUGCCAAGAUUCAUGAGACAAUCGAAUCAAUCAACCAGCUGAAGACACAGAGAGAUUUCAUGUUAAGCUUCAGCAAUGAUCCACAGGAAUUUAUCCAGGACUGGCUCAAAUCCCAAAGCAGAGACCUCAAGAUUAUGACAGAUAUGAUGGGAAAUCCCGAGGACGAAAGACGCUCCGAGUUCUACCAGCAACCGUGGGCUCAAGAAGCUGUGGGGAGACACAUCUACUUCAAGGUCCAGCAAAGGAGACAGGAACUUGAGCAGGUUCUGGGGAUUCGUCUCACCUAAACAGUCCUACAGCAACUCUUUAUAUAUAUAUACAUUCCAUGUGCCUAAUUGUUAUGUCCUAUACCUGUAAAUCUUUGUUAUGUACCCAGACACCUUGGAAUGACUGGGUGUCGGUUCUCAGGUACUAGAGGGAAAUGCUGCCUUCGUGUUUUUUUUUUUUUUAUAUAUAUAAAGGCUUUGCUUUAGACAAUCAAUGCCAUAACCUAAAAUCACACAUUACUCUCUUCUUGAUGUUUCAUUCCUGCUUUUCCACAGACACAGCAGCUUUUGGGGCAAAUGCACACCUUAGGGUAUGGCCACACAUGUAGUAAAUGCUGUGGAUUCUCCUCCGUGGAAUUGUGUGUGGGAAAACUGCAGCAAUUUUAGCACAAGCAAAUUGCUGCAGAUGUAAAAAUCCACUCCACACACAGAGAACCUACAGCGUCCCGCUUGUGCUACAGGUUUUCAACCCAGAGCAUGUCAACUGUUGCUGCUGGUUUUACUGGCAGUUUGCUGAAAGCAGUGGAAGAUCUGCUGCAGUUGUGCCACAAAAACCAGCCACCAGAUCCACUACAGGCCUGCUAUGUGUCGCCAUACCCUUAGGUCAUAUAGUUAAGCAUGUCGCACAAUAGAUCACUUUUCAUAUACAUAAUAUAUAUAGUGCAUGGAUGUAAAGAGACAAUCAGAACAUGCAACAGAUUUAUUUAAAAAAAAAAAAAAAAACACUUCUAGGAGUAAAGAUCAAACAAGGUCCAUAGCUGGGGGGGGGGGGGGGGGGGGGGGGGGUGUGUAAGUGGCUAUAUUCCAGAAAUAACACGUUAGACCACUGUGGUUCUGCUGGACCAAAUAUGAAUCAGAACAGUUCAGUUUCCUAAGUUCCACAGAGCCUAAAACGAGCCCAAAGCAGGUUUCAUAAAGCUGUGACCCGAUGAGGUCCUGUGGUCUAAGUUCAGUCCAGGUAUUAAAGGCAACGCCAAACAGCUCACAUUUAGCGCUGCAUCAUCUGUUUAUGCCUAAGUUGUUUUUUUUAGCUUUAGCAACUUUUUGAAGGGAAUGCAUGCUAAAAGUAGUAGAUCUACAGAACAAGUAACAGUCUGUAUACAUGGGCUGAAGUGCCAAACCCAAGUGGCUAUUUUUAUAUCUCCAGAAAUACUUGUCCUUGCAAGAAAAGCUCAGGAAUAACCCUGUGAAUAGUAGAAAGUCUGUGUAAGGUUAGAUACUCUCUUCUAAUCACAGAUAGUGAUAAUUUUACAGGCAUUAGUUUAAGCAGAAGGCACCAUUUGCACUAUAUUCCAAUGGAGGAUGCUGGGUACAAGGUUUUGGUUUUCUUUUUGUAGUUUGAGGAUAUUGUGAAUGUUAUACUUUCCUUUCUAAAAGGUGUCUGUUUUAUAACUUUAUUAUGCAAAUGGCUAUAACUAUAUACAAUCUUUGCACUACUGUGUCUAAAAUCACCAGCAGCCAUGUUUGCAAGAAGAAUAUUGUCUUUCUGCUGGUGCAUCAUAUAAUUUCCUGUGUAUAAGACUUGGGGUACAGCCACACGGGACGGACGCGCUGUGGAUUUGCAUACGGCAAGUCCGUAGCAGUAGAGUCAGUGAGAACUACAGAAAUCUCGUUCACACAAUGCGGAGUUUAAAUCCUCAGCAUGUCCAAUAUAUAAGCCUUCCUCUGCUGGUUUCACUCGUUGCAGGACAAAAGUUGAAAUCUGUGGCAAUUUCACUGCUGAAACACUGCAAAAUGCGCCCCUUGUGACCAUACCCUGAACUAAGGCGUUGGGGUUGAUGCUGGGAAUUUGCCUUGCAAAAUAUAAUGGAGCAUGCGACGUGGAGCCAUAUUUUCUCAGGGCAUGUCCUAUGGAUGUAUGCAGAUGCAAAUUAUUAUUUUGGUUCACAAGCCUUAUAAUGGUCUAUUCAGGAAAAAAAAGAUAGGAUAUAGGAACAAGGUGUCUAAUAGCUUGAAUGUAUUUUAGGAUAAGCCACAAAACUCUCUACAUGCAGCAAUUUUCAGUCACCCACUUACUAAUGAGGAUUCUAGUGGUUGACUGGGUUAUUAUUGGGUGCAGUGGCAUUGAGAAAGUCACUUCUACUGACGUGGUAGCCAGUCUCUUUUCUGGCUUUGGAGGAGUUGAAGGGCAUCUAUGAGCAGCUUUGUACCUAUGACACCGGCUGACCUGUUACAUGUGCACGUGGCAGCUGAAGGCAUCUGUGUUGGUCCCAGGUUCAUAUGUGCCU